UGGAUAUGAAAAAACAAGGAAGUGAAUACGAGACUUGUCGAAACUUUGAAAGAUCUUCCGACGGCAGCAAAGGCGGCAUAGCAUCACGCCACCGCCUAAACAUACAAAACCACCACCAGAAACACCCAACUCCGCCAUUUUGCACCCAGAUACACCGUACAAAGACAAGAUAUUGCAAGGGGGGAGAAUCAAUGGGGAAACAAAAGGGUGAUAGUGCCAGAACCAAAGCUCGCGCUUCUAGCAGCAGUCUAGCUGCUUCUUUGGUGCCUACGGGUGCUGCCUCAAUCGGUUUCGGAGGUUACGUGGGGAGUUCCCGGGUUGAUUCUGCUCUACAUGGGGAUGAAUCCACUUCUUUCGCGGGUGUUGAUGGUGAGAUGGUACUAUACUUGAAAAGGCUUGCUCGAAAAGAUCCCAUCACAAAGCUUAAAGCAUUAAAUUCUUUAUCAACCUUACUGAAAGACAAGUCCGGGAAAGAUGUAUUACCAAUAAUUCCUCAAUGGGGUUUUGAGUACCGGAGGCUUUUGAUGGAUUACAAUAGAGAAGUUCGCCGAGCGACUCAUGACACAAUGACGAGCCUUGUCGUUGCUGCUGGACGUGAUCUGGCUCUGCAUCUUAAGUCUUUGAUGGGACCAUGGUGGUUUGCUCAGUUUGAUUCAGUUUCUGAAGUUUCUCAAGCUGCUAAGCGAUCACUACAGGUUGCCUUUCCAACCCAGGAAAAAAGACUAGAUGCACUAAUAUUUUGUGCUCCAGAGGUAUUUGAGUAUCUGGAAGACAAUUUAAAGCUUACGCAGAAGGGUAUGGCUGAUCUUGCUACCGCUUCGGAUGAGUUGGUGGAAAUGCAUCCAAGGGUUAUUUCAUCAUCAUUACUGGCUCUUGCUACACUUCUCGAUGUGUUGAUUGGCGUGCAGUCAGAGAAACCUGCUGCUGAAGACUCAAACAUUCAAUCAACAAAGGGUUCAAAAGCUCAAGUUAUGGCUAUUUCUUCUGCGAAGACUUUAUUCGUGUCUCAUCAUUAUUUCCUUGACUUUCUCAAAUCUGAGAGCCCUGCUGUUCGGUCAGCUACAUAUGCAGUGCUCAGAAGUUUCAUCAAGAAUAUUGGUGAUGUUUUUAGUGAAGAAGAUGUGAAAGGUCUUGCUACUGCUAUACUUGGUGCAUUCCAAGAAAAGGACCCAUCUUGUCAUACAGCAUUGUGGGAAACAUUUUUGCUAUUUUCUAGGAGAUUUUCUGGGAGUUGGUCAUAUAUAAACUUUCAGAAAACAUUUUCGAAUCGCUUCUGGCAGUUCCUGAAAAAUGGCUGCUUUGGGUCACAACAGGUGUCGUACCCUGCUUUGGUCCUUCUUCUAGAUGUUUUGCCUGCUGAAGUUAUUGGGGGCCAAAAGUACUUUGUUGACUUCUUCCAGCACCUAUGGUUAGGAAGAAAUGCAUCUCAUCCUACUAAUGCUGAUCGCUUGGCAUUUUUGGCGGCCCUUAAAGAAUGUUUCCGUUGGGUCUUACAUAACUGUGGAAGAUAUUGUAGUGGAGAAGAUGCAAUAUACAUUUUCCGUAUGUCUCUUGUUGAUAAUGUACUUGUGAAGCUUUUGUGGCAUGAUUUUCUGAUCUACUCCGAGGCAAGGCAUGCAGACGCCAACACCUCCAAAUUGUUAGACAAAAACUUAUUAGACAUCAAACAAGGGCAGUUGCAUGACCUGGGACGCUGCAUAAUUGAUGUCCUUUCUGCUUUAUACUCUUUGGAAUGCAAACUGCUCACUCCAUUUUGUGAAGCAUUUCAGGGCUGCUGCCUUGAGACAUUUCAGCAAGCAGAGCAUGUAAAGGAAGCUUCUGGGAAUAUAGGGAAAGCCAUAAGAUUUUUAGUGCUGGUGGAAGAGUAUGUAGAGUUAAAAUCUGAAAGUUGGCCCUUGGAUUAUCUGGUUGGUCCUAUGCUGGAAAGGUCUCUCCCACUGAUUAUAUCCCAUGAAUCAGCUGAGGUGGUUAAAUUUCUCUCCGUUGUGGUUUCUAUCUUUGGGUCACGGAACAUUGUACUGAGACUCGUUCCAAUUGAGGAAAGUGCAGAUGGCAGUGCCGCCGGCCAAGUUGAUGGAGAAGUAAGCAAGUUUCUGAAGGUUUAUGAAGAAACAUUUGUCUCUUGGUGUUUCAGUGGAAGUGAGAGUGCCAUGGAUGCUCGCUUAGAUCUUUUGCUUGCAUUGCUGGACGAUGAAUGUUUUAAUCAACAGUGGAAUAUUAUUGUCUCAUAUUCUGCCAAUAUGUACCAUUCUGCAACAUUCUAUAUUGGAAAGUUGUCAAUUCUAAUUGAGAAAGCUAGGAAGUUGAUCAAAAGGAAGUCAGAACUUGGUGAUGAUAAAUUCUCUAAAAUUGCAAACUGGCAACAUGAGCUGCUGGAUUCAAUUGCAGUUUCUAUUAUGCAGAAUGCUCCUGCCUUAAUAGAUUGUGAUUUGCAAUUUAUACGAGCUGUUCUUGGUGGUACAUCAGAGGAGGAUGAUACAUCUUUUCUGUCUAAAAGUGCCGUCAUUCGGAUAUACAGAGAAGUAUUUGGAAAUCUUUUAGCCUUUGUUUUGGAGUCCCCUUUCUCAUGCGUGAGGGAUUUUGGUUCUUUAUCAUGUUCUCUUACAAAGUCCACUAUAUCAGACACUCAAAAAUCUGCAGAUGUGGUUAGGAUGGCUUACAUUUCUCUGGAAGUUCUCAGAGGCACCCUUUUUAGCUUGAAAUCAUAUUGCGAGGAUAGUGAGUUGCUUCUUGGCAUUGGAGGCGUUACCUUUGUAAUUGAUUGGGAAUAUGAUAUGUCAAGAGCAUCAGAUGCUAAGCGCGAAGAUUGUUCAGUUGAAAAUAUCUUGCCCAGGCAGGAGUUUGGUAAAGCGAUGCAUGUUUUCCGUACAAGUAUGAGCAAAGAAUUUUGGAGAAGCCUUGCGUCAAAAAGUCGGGUGACAUUAGGAAGUCUUCUUAUACAAUUUAUCAGGUCUGCUGUUUUUGGGCAGAAUGCAUUUGAUGCUGGCAUGAUCACAUCUCUAUGCUGCAAUUGGAUGAUUGAAGUUAGCAAGCAUCUUUGUCUGAGUGAAAUAGAGGAGAAAAAGUUAGUAGAUCUGCUUCUGAGCGUUGAUGAACUUUGGCCUUUGUGGAUCACUCCAGAUAACAGUAAUAGUGAGAGAAAAUAUGCCUUAAAAGAUGAGGGUGUUUUAACUGAUGUACAUAUGUCUCGGAGCCAGAUGUUUGUUGCUCUAGUUGACAAGCUUAUUUCUGAAAUGGGUAUCAGCAGAGUGGUGUUUGGCUCUGAUCUACAACCUUUAGAUGUAGAAGAAAGAGCAGCCAAUGAGCUUGAUACUUCUCAGCCUGAAUUUUCCAGAGCUUGGGUUGUUGCCGAAAUGCUCUGCACUUGGAAGUGGUCUAGUGGUGGUGCUUUAAGCACUCUUUUACCUUCUUUAAGUUCCUACGCUAAAAGAGAAAGUGGUGGUAGCCUAAUCUGCUUAUUUGACUCCACUUUAAAUAUUUUGCUUGAAGGCGCUCUUGUACGCGGAAAAAAGAGUCAGUUUACUUUUUUCAAUACGUGGCCACCUUCAAGUAAAGAUCUUGAUGAUAUUGAAGAGCCUUUUUUGAGAGCCCUGGUAUCUUUACUUUUUACUCUAUUGAAUGAAGGCAUAUGGAAACAAGAAAAAGCUGUUGGACUCUGGGAGUUGCUUCUAAACAAGCUUUAUAUAGGUCAAGAAACAAACAUGAAUUGUUUGAGAAUUCUUCCACCCCUGAUAUCUGUUCUUUCGCACUUCUUGUGCCAUAAUAAGGGAUCCGGUGGUUUAGUUAAAGAUGCCUCGCCUGAUUCUUUUAGAGAAACUGUUGUUCGGGACUGGCUUGAAAAGAUUCGGGAUUUCCCAUCCCUGAUGUCAUGGACAUCUGGUGAAGAAAUGGAAGAUUGGUUUCAGUUGGCUUUGUCAUGUUAUCCUUUGAGCACAACAGCUGAUGUAGGUCACUUAAAACUGGAUCCUAGUUCGUUGGAGCAAAAACUUUUACUCGAUGUGUUCCGUAAGCAAAGGCAUGAUGCUAACUCAUUUGUUGUCACGAAUGAGCUACCAGCCGUAUCACUAUUGCUAUCACGCUUGAUGGUUAUUGCAGUAGGGUACUGUUGGGAGGAAUUUCAUGAAGAAGACUGGAAAUUUGUAUUGUCUAACUUGAGGUGUUGGAUUGAGUUGGUAGUUACAACAAUGGAGGAGGCUGCUGAAUGCUUGGAUCUUGAAACUGGAAAUGGGUCUGGAGAUAACUUAGAUCUUGUGAUAAGCAAGCUUAAACAGAUCAUGCAGAAUCUGGAUCCAUCUCUUGUGAACAUUGCAACCAAUGCUCUUUACGCGUUUUUGUUAGUCAUGGAGCUUGUGGGAUGUUAUUCUUUGGAUCAAGCUGAGAAGCUAACAGUUUUAAGGACAGAAGCAUGUAGUCAAACUAUUGAUCUGGUCCAGGAGGAUGUUCUACGAAUAUUUUUGUCAGUUGGUAUUGCAGAAUCUAUUUCGAGUUCGCUUUCAUGCGAGAGUUUAUCCAUAAUAGCAAGAAGCCAUCAUGUUUAUCCUCACUUCUGGAACUUAGUAUCUUCAAAUGCUUUGAAAUCUUCCACACAUUCUAGAGAACAAGCUUUUAAGGCAGUUGAGCUUUGGGGUUUAAGAACUGGUGCUAUUAGUUCUUUGAUGGCCAUCCUAUUCUCUCCUAAACCAGUAUCUGUCUUGCAGCUUGCUUCUUUUGUUCUCCUUUCAAGUCAGCCAUUCUCUAGUUGGGCCUUGGUGGGAGAUCAUGUUUCAGAUACAUUAACUGGAAAUUCUACUGAUGAUGUUAGAUCCCAUGAUCUUGAUUUGUCUUCAGAGAAUAACCUUACUUCGAGAGAGGAGAUACAUUGCCUGAUUCACAAAUUACCACUUGAUGUUUUAUACAUGGAUUUGGAAGCACAAGAAAGGGUGCAUCUUUUCCUUGCUUGGUGUCUAGUUUUGAGCUAUCUAGUGUCCUUGCCAUCUUCUUCCCCCAAUAGGGAGAAAUUGGUUCAACAGAUACAGGAGUCUGCCUCUUCAACCAUAUUGGACUGUCUUUUCCAGCACAUUCCUGUUGAAUUAUGUGCAGCACAUGCCUUGAAGAAGAAAGACUUGAAAACCCCACCCGAGCUUGUAAAUAUUGCUACUGCGGCAACACGUGCUAUCAGUACGGGGUCUAUACUCUUUGCAGUGGAAUCGCUUUGGCCUAUUGGGCCAGAAAAAAUGGCAUCACUUGCUGCUGCAAUAUUUGGUUUAAUGCUUCGCGUCCUCCCUGCUUAUGUUCGAGUUUGGUUCAAUGAUUUACGUGAUCGUUCUGUCUCAUCUGCCAUAGAAUCUUUCACAAAAACAUGGUGCAGCCCACAUUUGAUGGUAGAUGAAUUAUCGCAGAUAAAGAAAUCUGAUUUCGUAGACGAGUGUUUUGCUGUUAGUGUUAGCAAAUCAGCCAAUGAAGUCAUUGCCACCUAUACCAAGGAUGAGACCAGUAUGGAUUUGGUCAUCCGUCUUCCUGCUUCCUACCCAUUAAGGCUUGUGGAUGUGGAGUGUACAAGGAGUCUUGGCAUAAGUGAAGUAAAGCAAAGAAAAUGGUUGUUAUCCAUGAUGGCAUUUGUCCGUAAUCAGAACGGCGCGGUAGCUGAGGCCAUACGGAUAUGGAAGAGUAACUUUGACAAGGAAUUUGAAGGAGUUGAGGAGUGCCCUAUCUGUUACAGUGUGAUUCAUACUACCAAUCACAGCCUUCCUCGUCUUGCUUGCAAGACUUGCAAGCAUAAAUUCCAUGCCGCCUGCCUCUAUAAAUGGUUUUCAACAUCCCACAAGUCAACUUGCCCACUGUGUCAAUCUCCUUUCUGAUCAAAUGAGCUGUAAUUUUCAAUGGAGCUUAUGAUACUAGCUGCUGGAUCUGUCAUGAGAUUCUAUCAAUUUUGAUUGACCAAAGUUGGGCAUGUAAAAUAGGUGGUUGUGUUGAUGGGGGCAAUUCAAUAUUCAGCGAAUGGGGAGAUUGCACAACUUCAUGUAAAUAUGGCUGCUAAUUCAUGCUCACAAGAAGUUGGAUGAGGGAGGAGUGUUCAAAGCGUCACACUUAUGGCCAAUUUCGUGAAGGACGCUGAAUUAUGAACUGAUGUUGGUGUAAGUUCUAGCUGUGUGACACUAGAAAAUGCUCCUGCUGUCUGGUGUCAUCCUGUAUUCUGGUUUUUGGUGAAAAUCCGAGGGGAAGAUGCAAGGGAGAUGCAAUGUUGCGCGUUGACAAAAACUGAAGAUAUGGAGCUUGUUUCUUUUUUGGAGGUUGAUUCAGGGAUAACUUAACAGUUUACUGGAUUGUCAGAUAACCUAUAUUAUGUUGUCUUGGUUGAUUAUCUAAGUAGUUAGCAGGGUUAAACAUUUUACCAUCUUUUUGGUUGCCUAUGUAUUAUCUGUCUUUGUAUAAAAUCUGGAGUUCAAUUGUAAUGCAGGCUGAUACAUUAAACAUUACACAAGUUUGAACUGUAA